AAUCUCGAUUUAAUAAGAAAUCAUACUAAAACAAAUGUCAAUGGCGGUUGCAGAUACAAUAUUUUAUUGAGGACUAUUGUCAAUUAAAUGAUGUAUUCUAUUGUACAACAUAUACGAAUACUUCGUGGACUACUGCUUAUCAUUCCUUUUGUGUGUAUUGGUGCAUAUUCUGAUAUGGGAAAAAAUUCAUCUCCUCAAAACCUCUUCACAAAUAGUGGCCGAUCGCAAUUCGCAACAAAAAACAAUUCGCGGGUAGUUGUUCAAAAAGGAGGUCUGGCGAUUUUACCUUGUGUAGUUAAAUUGAAUUCUCCCGCAACGGUAUCAUGGAUUAGGCGAAAAGAUUUUCAAUUAUUAACCGUCGGCUUAUCGACUCACAGUAGCGAUAAACGAUUUUUAGUUGAACAUACACGGCAUAUGGGUCACUGGUCAUUACGAAUAAAGUCUGUGCGCGAGGAUGAUCGCGGCCUUUAUGAAUGCCAACUGUCCAUAUAUCCAACACAGUCAAUAUUCAUUGAGUUAAAAGUUGUCGAGGCAGAAGCUGAAAUAACUGGAUCUCCUGAUAUACACAUUGAUGAAGGCUCAACGUUAAGACUAGAAUGUAAAUUAAGAAAAGCCACGGAAAUACCAGAAUUUGUGUUUUGGUAUCAUGACAACAAAAUGGUAAAUUAUGAUACACAAAAUGGUUUUUUUGUAAAAUCAAAUAUACACAAGGAUACCACAGUGUUAGAUGCCAAUACUAUGAAAAAUGAUGAAACUCUUGGUAAAGGAAAUAAAACUGCUCAGUCGUUAAAGUUUUUACAGCCAGUUGGAUUUUCACUGCCAACAUCUAUAAGUACUUUGACCAUUCAGAAAGUACGUUUUCAUCACGCUGGAAAUUAUACUUGUGCCCCUUCAAAUGCACGAUCAGCAAGUACAUCGGUUCACGUUCUACAAGAUGAAAAGCCGGCAGCAAUGCAGCAUUUUAAUCGGACUAUAUGGGAUGGAGAAAUAAACAAUAACAGCAUGAGUACAACUGGAACUACCACUGCGAACAAUUCUUUGAACGUCAUACCAAGCAUAUUUUACCUCAAAAUAAUAUUAUUUUGUACAUAUGAGACGUAUGCCAUGAGCAUAAGUAAUCUGAUUUUCAACAUCCUAACAGACGUAAAGUUACACAAUAUUAAUAGAUGAAGUUUAAUUAAAUUAAAAAUGAGAUUGUAAAUUUGUAAGGUUAAAUAAAAUUAUUUCUAAAUAUCAUGCAUGAAAUUUGGAUUAAUAACAAUGUUAAUGAUAUUUAAAAUAAACCAUACUUCUA